CCUCACUUUUCAUAAGUGUCAUUUCUGAUUUCUUGGAGAAGGAGCUCUCGUUUGGUGUUUGAAAUCCGAUUAGAAGGAGAAUGGAAUAACUGAAAUUUCCAUAAAUAUACAUCAUGGUUGUGGGGGCUUUUCCUGUAGCUAAGUUAGGUGCUUUAUUAGUAAAACAAAUAAGCAAGCCUAUUGCCAAUGCUAUCAAGGAGAAGGCUAAAACAUCCCCCUUAUUCCGAAAAUAUGUGUGCUUACCACCAGCUCAAUUUUAUAAUUGGUGUGAAUUGAAGGCCAAAAUGUGGGUACUGAAUUUGGGAAAACCAGUGAGUUUACCAGUUUAUAAUGAAGAAAUGGCUAUUGAAUUGGGAGCCAAUUUAUUGGGGGAAGGAAUUAUUUUCUUAAUAGCAGCAGGUCUUCUAGUAGCAGAAUAUAAUAGGUCUGCAAGAAAAGAAGCAGCUAAAGAGGCGGCAAAAAAGAAAGAAAUUGAAGAACUACAACUUUCUCUCAAAGAACUUUUCAUUCAAACAGAACAACAAGCUGCACAUAUAAGAGAGUUGAGGCGUAAACUUGGGGAAUUAGAUACCAAAAUUGGAGAUAAACAACCAUCCAGGCAUACUACUGAUGCCAGCACCCCACCAUCAAAACCACCACCAACUAAUGAGACUCAUAUGAUAAAACCACAAACUUUUCCUAUAAUAUCAGAAGUUGAAAAUUCAGAUAUAAAUCUGAAUUUAUCAGUGGAAAGUAAACUACCUGAGAAAACGAAUGCAGGUUCAAGCUUUCUGUUAAAUAUAGUUAAUGAUGUAGAAAAUGAAUUUUGGAGAUAUCCACCUUCUGAAUACCAACCAGGAAUUUUAACUUGGUCUUUGAAUCACUUAUAUCAAAAUGUUUAUGGGGUAAAAAUAAAUCCUUGUAUAUGAGAAGGAACUAGUAAAAAUGUUACCCAUUGUAAGAUACAAAUUGUGAGAAUGCUGAUAAUUUAUUAAAGUUUGUUUUAGAGGAAAA